GAUGGACCGCUGCGCCGCGUCUGGCGCCAACCCGGACAGCUACGAGUCUCUGGUCCGCAUGUUUGGGAUUUCAGACCACGACCUCAUGUUUUCUCUUGAUGUGAACCAUGAUGAGGACCCUGAAGACCAGGAGGCAUGCCACUACAUCGAAGGGCGGGUCCAGAAGGCUCAGGAGCUGAUGAAGGCAGAGUCUGAGCUGCAGAUGCAGUUGGAUGUGGGAACAGAACCAACAUGGCAGAGAAAACCACUGGAGAGUAGAGAAGAUCCAAAUGAGAAGAACUCAAAACAUCUAAAACCUUCCAACCCACAGCCUGUUAACAACAACUUCUCCAUCUUAAUGGGGCCAGCUGCAGUUGAGAUGGAUUUGUCUGCUCCAGGCAGAAAUGAGCCACCACAUCAUAAGGCAGAUGAACCUCCUGAGCUGUCUUUAAACACCUUGUCUCAGAAAACCUCUGCUGAUGUUGGAGAACCAAUGGAGAAAUCUUCAGGAAGUGAUGCCAACCUCCAGAUAACAGCAAAUAAUGACAACGACAAACUGAACAGAACCUCCCACUGUGAGAUGGACCUAAACUCCAGCGUUGAAGCAGACACCUUCAGGGUGAUCUCUGCGCCCAAAGCCUCUAAAGAAAACCUGGAGUUUUCUGCCUUUGUUGCAGAGAACGCUCAAACUGAGGAGGAGCAGAAACUCCUGUCUCCUCCUCAGUUAAAUGGAAGGUCUCUGUCAGAGAGUCUACACAACAAAACUGACCACAGCAGAGACAAGUCCACCAAUGACUUGAACUGGACAACCAAGAAGCAAACAGCCAAAGAUAAUUAUGACAGCGGUAGGGAUGACUAUGAAGAGCAGCAGAUAGUCACUCUCCAGGUCAGCCCCUUUCAGCUGCCCAGAGCCUCCAGAAGGACGGCUAGACAAACCACACCAGAUGACUUCUGUCAUUCCCUGCUCCAGUCCACCAUAGAGAAUAUCAAUGAUCAGGAAAUAGAGGAGGAGAGCAACAAACAUGACAAAGGCAUUGAUGUUUCAAGAAAAAAUAUCCUGUUGACUCCUGAGGAACCUCAGCCAGAGACGUUUGUAGAGACAUCUCUGCAUUCCUCUUGUGAAUACCCACAAGAGGAGGAAUAUCCUGUUGUAAGCAAGUUUUCCCUGGACAAGACAUUCACCCUGAAAGAAGAAGAGAACAGUGAUGAUGACAAUGAGACGGAGAUAUCAGAGUCAAACUCUGAGGGAAAACAGGAGGGUGGAACUGGAUCAACUAAGCUUCGGCUGGACGGAUCCAGCAGUGAGGAUGAGGAGGAGUUAGAGCAAGAUGAUGCAGAGGAGAUGAAAGUGGACAAGACUGAGGAUGAGGAGUCUGAGGAAGAGAUGCAAGAACAUGAACCUGUGGAAAACCAGGAGGAGCUUAAGAAGUAGGAGAGGGAAGGGGAGUUACAGGAGAUUCAAAAUGAGGAGGUGCAAGAUAAUAACCCUCAAGAGGAGAAGUGUCAAGAGGAGCCUGUGGGGAGGGUGAUGGAGGAGGCUGAAAAGGAGAACCAAGGGGGGGCGCUAGAGGAGGAGAUCCAAGAGAACAACUCAGGAGAGGAUGACCCUCAAGACGAGAAUAAUCAGGAGGAAGAUUCUGAGUUGGAGGAGGUGACUGGGGAUUUCUUGAAGUUGACCUUCAUCGUCGACUCUCCAAACAUCCAGAUGAAACCAGCUGACAGCACGGCCCAGAGGACAGAACCAACCGGGACAAGCGAGCCGCUGGAGACCCAUAGCAGACAGAGGGAACCAAAGCAGAACAACAACCUCAGCACUGCAGAGAUGGACCGGCCUGGUUCUGGAGCAGAGGAACUCUGGCUGAAUCCGACUCUAAACGCCUCACCUCAACACCCUGCAGCUGUUGGAGAUCUGAUGGACCAGAGUGUGGUGCUGGUCACCUGCCCAU